AUGGACAACAGAAGGAAACAGGAAAACCACCCUGGUGGUGGCUUUUUCGCCUCAGCUGAAACUGUUAGUAUAGGCCCGGUCGAAAGUUCAAAGGUAUGGAGUAGCCCUACUUUCACGAAGAUACUAAAAAAGGGUCAGUAUUGCUUUUAUACCGACAUUUUCAGCAGACCAUUUUUUAAACCAGAAUCAGGAUAUAUUGGUAAUAAAAUGUGAAAAACACACUGACCUCCGAAAAUCGUAGGUAAGCUAGCAGAAUAUAUAACUACGAAUAUUUUCGACGAAUGGAACGUUAACGGUUACCCUGAACGUUUUAUCCUCUCUGGAGCUUUAGAAGUUUCUAGGUAAUAUAUUCUUCGAACAAUUAUCUUACAGAAAAUGUCGUUGGGUGCCCCUGAAACGUAAACGUUUGCCUUGAAAAGCAGCCAAACGUUCGAAGGAAAUAAUGUGUCCAAGAAGAUAAAUCGAAAUCUGAAAGAUGUUAACCCGUUGAUAAGUUAUAAUUGAGAAGGGUUCCCGAAGCUAUGAGAAAGCACUUUGAUGACCUUGAAGCUAAUGGCGAGUGGAGAGAUGUGCUGAAUCGAAUGGAUGAAAUCUGUUGUGACUGCAAGGAAAGCUAAGGGCAAACUCUGCCUUUUUCAAGACCCGAAGCCUUGAAGCUAAAGAGAUGAGUGUUAUUUUCCAAUGCAAGUGCGGAUCUUCUAACAGUAUUGGGCAAAGCUAAACUUUUACGGAUAAAUUCGAUCGCAAGGAUGUCUACUGGCAGAUAAAGCUUACUGAAGAGAGUUCUUUGCUCACAACGUUUGCCAUAGCCCUUGGCAGAUAAUACGAAUAUCCUAUGGGAUCUCGCCUGCCAAUCAGAGAGUGAGUUGUUCCAAGUACGAGGACAUGAGGCAGUUGAAGGCCUGAAAGGAGUAUAUGUGAUUGUCGGUCAGGGAUUCUUGUGGCUGGUAAUGAAGACAACAUACAGCAGGAUGAAAUAGCAGGUCAUAAUCUCAAAAUAAGGAAGCUGUUGAGAAGAUUCAAAUCUAGCAAAGCAGUUUUAAAACAAACAGAAAGUGGCCUUCAUUGGACAUUUAAUAACUUCAGAGGCCGAGUGAAAGUAGACCCAUCCAAAUUUGAAAAAGUGAAAUAGCUGUAGCGUCAUAACAAAAGAAUUGUCCCCCUGAGGUCAAAGGUCGUCUUAAUGACAGGGCGCUUAGCGUGAGGUCAUUAUAUUAACAUGUGGCGUAACGUGUACUAGUUGGAUGCGACUUGUGGGGCGUUAAGUCUACGAAUAAGACACUAGAGACAAAAUUAUUGAUUGUUACUUUAUUCUACAAACUACUAUCGAUCGACUCACUUUAGAAAGCUGGUUUACUAACGUAGAGCAAACGCCACUGAAUCGUAGUGAUUAGUUCCCGGCACCAUACAAACCGGCAUACAAACGGCCUAUUGACGGACUCAAGUUAACCUGACAAGGAUAGAAUGACUGAAUAACCGACAAUUUGACAAACAAUGGACGGAUAACGAAAUGUCUAUAGAGACCACUCUAGUAUAGACAAAAUAUCCCUCGAAUAUAAUUUCAAAAAUCUUCACUCUCUUCAGCCCCUUUUAUAGGCCAUACUAGAAACGAUUUCUCCAAGAAUCCUUCUGAACAGCUUAAACUUAUUACGCCAAACUGUCCUGAAAUUACUCUGGUGGAACCUAACAUUGCGUCGGUGAGAGAUUUUUAAGGAAUGUAGGAGUAAGAUUAAUAUGAAAUAGGAGUAUAAAACGCUGAGCGAAGUUUUCAUGCAUGCUCUCAACAUCUCCUCUCUUUAUUCAACAAGUUACUCAAAAUAUCAUGUUUCAGUUUAGACUGAUCACAGUCCUCUGUUUUUCACUGUUUUUCCGUAAGAUCAUCAGGAUCUAGCCUCCCACGCAGACGUUUUUAGGGAAGCUCGUAUUUCGUCCCUUAAAAACGCCUACGUGGGAGGCUAGUCAGGAUCGAACACUUACCAGUACGGGCGGCCAUCUUGGUUUCAUAUGUACCUAGAGGGGGGUGGGGGGGGAGGCGUUUAUGUCAUAUAUCCAAGAUGGCUGCGCAUCCCGUAACGCAAAGUUUUCGAUCUCGACCGGGGGGGGGUAACUCUAUUGUUUUCCACCUAAGUUUCUUGACCCACUCCGCCACAUAGUGACGGGUAAGAGCCUCGGGUCGCUUGUGCAAAUUAGCAAGGGAUACCACAGUUAUUUGGACGAGCGAGGUCGAGGGAAAGCUAAGAAGCCAGCAAAUAUCGCUAUAUAUCGCUUAUUUGAUCGAAUGUGUGUGAGCUUUGGUGUUGCUAUAAUCUGCUUGUGUAAACCGUUUUGAUAUUUUGUGUCCGUGAUUGUAUAAUUUUGUUAAUUUGUUUUACGGGCCGUGUUGCGGGAUCGCCAUCUAUUUCACGGGACCGGCGAGGUCAUCAAAACUUAAAUUUUUUUUUCUCCAAACUAGGCAAGGUCUAGUCCCCAGAAUAGGAGGUUCCAUUUACAGAUCACGCAUGUUUGUAUUUCAUCUAUUCUUUUGCUAAUUAAGUGGGCCUAACUUCAUAUCAUUCCUUUCGAGUGUGGGCCUCUGUUAAUCUCCUAAUUCUCCUCCAAAUUCAGUAAAGCUAGUUCGAUCGAUUAUCUACAUCGAGUCUGCCCGUUGAACCCGAAAUAAUGCGAAAUAGCCAUGAAAUACGCGCUUAAGCUAAUUUUCCUCAAAUGUAUAUUUGAAUUCAUGAUAAAUACAGCUCCACCAGCUUCAAACAGCGUCUAUGGCAGAGAAAAAUUGUUUUGAUAUGACAAAAUCAUGUGUGUCACUGUGCUGCAGUGCUCAAGGAGUUGCUGGGUUCGAGUUCCCGGCGACUCCGUUUUCUGUUUUUUGUACCGUUGUUUUUUCCUGUUUGGUCUCUUUUUUAAACACUAUUUUUCCUUUUGGCCUUUUUUCUUUAUUCUUACUGCUGACCGUGCUGGUCAUGCACUUGGAUCAAUAUAUAUUUUAAGCUUAAGUCCGGAGUUUUAUUUUGGAAAAGGGAUUUCAAAAGCUCUUGAUCUGCAUACUGGCCAAGCUUACGACCAGAUAAAAGCCAUAAGCCCUGUCAAGACAUGUCCCUCCUCUGAAACAGCUAAAUUUUUUUCAAUGUUAGUUGACAUCAUGACAAACAACACACAGUACACCACAAACUGUACUAAUCUACACCCAACACCCACCAGUGACCCACUGGCGAAAGUUAAACUUGCCUUUUGUGCAUCGUCUUAAUAAUCAAUAUUAUUACCCUAAAAUCUCCACUGGGUUUGCCCCCAAAAAAUAAUUAAACGAAACAUUUUAUUGGUUUUCGAGAUUUAAUUACAGAAUUACAGGUGUUUGUUCAAUACAGUUUUAAAAUGCGGUAGAGCAACAAGUUUCAAUGCUCACAGUCUCUCACAAAUACCUGUCAUUUAGCUUCCUCUUUCAACGCUUCAGCUAAGCAAACUUUUCAGCUCUUCAGAGCUGAAAAUACGCACAAUGUAAAGUAUAAUACAUCCUUUGAUGAACCUCCUAUUGCUGUGUCUAAACUCCUCAAUCUUGCUGUGCACUGGCCCUCAAAAGUGUGACCGGUCGGCAUGAUUGCCUGUAAAAUUUGCUCGACGAUAGAAAGGAAUCUUUAAAAUUCAUUACUUCACUGGAUAUUUGAUUCCAAAAAAGUACUUAAGUCUAGUUUUCUAUGACAAUAGAAACCUUGAAAUCUCCAAAUCCAAGAAAUCGAAAUUUCUAUCUCUCUCCUCGAUGAACACUUUGCUCGCCAUUUUGAAAGUCACUGACGCGAGACCUGACGUCAGACUGGCAGGCGGACUGCUGUACCACAGAUUUCCUCAGAGACACCUUCCCCCCCUGAUCUCGACUAACUUACGGACAAAUAGGAGAAUGUGAACAGCAUCAGUCUAGCAUCAGUUGACUACCGAAGUAUGUCAAUGACCCAAACGAACAAAUAAGUGUGAAACGCUACUUCUAACGGGUCAGAUGAUAUCAAAUACAAACUGUGAACACAGGCGGAGUUUUUGGAAUCCUUAAUUCCUCUCACUCACGAAUUAUGUUACAAUGUACUGAUAAGCUUUCUAAAGAAAAAGAUUCUUAUCGUCAUUUAUCGGCGUCAUGUUGCGGGCCUAAUUACAACUUCAUCUCAUUCUCUCGCCUUGUCUUGACCUAUACCUGCAAACAAAAUGGUGUGGAAAAUUCAUGUCUUCCAUAAAUCAUGACAUGAUUAAGUUACCGUCAAAAGUUUUUACUGCCGACACCUUUUAUCAUUUCCUCUGGAGCGCAGUUUCAAGCAGUUGAAGAGUUGAGUGACUUGUCUUACCUUCGAAAAGAGGUAGGGCUGUGCUUUUUUUUAUAAAACGUAUCGUAAUUUUAAGCGCAAAGGAAUAAUAGCUUUUCUGUUUUCAGUUUGUUUGUCAGCCGUUAUUAUUUUUAUUUAUAUUUACUGAAAUAUGGUAAUACUGGUAAAAAGAUGCACUUCAGUUUUGAAUCUUCGUUGUUUUGAAGCUCUAUUAGGGUUCACCAUCAGGAUCGAUCUCGCGGUAAAGAUGUUAAAUUGACACUUUCUAUUAACUUGGACAAAAUUCUGUUUGCUCUGUGUCACCAUCUUUACCAAUCAUUUGCUGUCAGUUAACGCUAUCUCAGUUAACCUGAAUUUUCUAUUUAAAAAUUCAGAUUAACUCGAGCUUGUUAAGCGGGCGGUUGUUGAAAGCCAUAGCAUAGAAUAAAAACGCAGUCGCAUAAAAGUCAUCAUUUUUGUCCUCGCCAUGUUCCUAAACAGAUGGGGAAAAUUUCCAACUAAACUUUCUUAUCAAAAGUACGUCAAAAGUGCCUGAACAGAGACGACAUUGGCAUUAAAAUAUUUUUGACAGGCUAAAAUCGAAAGAUGUGGAAUAACUUUUGAACAAAAGAUUAAGUUAGCUUACUUAUGGAAUAAGCCACAAGAUACAUUGACUUGUAAG